AAUUCCCACGGGACAGUGAAUGCUGCACAUAUGUAUCUCGCGAGAACACAAGGGCUUGGACAACAAGUACGUGGCUUCACAGCUGAGGAGGACUGGGAGUGUUUUUAGGAAAACUACACAGGAUGUAUAUUGACCCUAUGUGAAGGGAUGCUUCACCUGUGACCCAGCAGCGGUAGGCCUACCGGAAGCAGAGUACCAGGAGCAGCGGUAGUACCGGGGAGUAGUACCGGGAGCGGUACCGGGAGGUGGACGGACUGUCGCCGGUGGGAGCCGCUGCUGAAGGCUACCCUGCGGACUGCUAACGACAGCCGGCAGCUUGUUGGUGUGAUAUGGCGGAGAGCGGUUCUCUGCCGAGCUCGACGCUUCCGCCGCCGAGGACUCGCAUCUUUAAAAUCAUCGUGAUCGGGGACUCGGGGGUCGGGAAGACCUGCCUCACCUACCGCUUCUGUGCCGGGAGGUUCCCCGAGAAGACCGAGGCCACCAUCGGGGUGGAUUUCCGGGAGAGGCUGGUCGAGAUCGACGGCGAGAAAAUCAAGAUCCAGCUGUGGGACACUGCGGGUCAGGAGCGCUUCAGGAAGUCCAUGGUGCAGCACUACUACCGCAACGUGCAUGCCGUGGUCUUUGUCUACGAUGUGACCAACGCGUCCAGCUUCCGCAGCCUGCCGGCCUGGAUUGAGGAAUGCAAGCAGCACGCUCUGGGCACAGAGGUACCCAGGAUCCUCGUCGGAAACAAGUGCGACCUUCAAGACUCGGUCCAAGUGUGCACAGACGUGGCGCAGCAGUUUGCCGACUCCCACUCCAUGCCCCUGUUUGAGACGUCGGCAAAGAACCCAAACAGCCAGGGAGACGGAAGCUGUGACGGAGGAAACAGUGACCACGUCGAGGCUAUUUUUAUGACGGUGGCCCACAAGCUGAAGUCUCAGAAGCCUCUGGUAUUAAGCCAGCCGCCCGGGGGAUCGGAGGGUACCGUCCACCUGAGCAGGGGGAGGGAUGAUGGGGGAGACGGGGCCAGGAGCUGGGGCUGCAGCAGCUGCUGAGGCUGCACAGGACCCCGGAGAAUGAAAAGGGGAAAGAGCGGAGGAUCGGCUGAAUGGCUUCACAAUCAGCACAAACAUGCAGAUGAAGCGCUUUCCAAAGCCUGUGCUUAACUUCAUAUAUGACUUUAAAUGUGUUAAAGUGGUAUUUACAGUACAAUUGAUGUUUCUGAAAGCCCAAAUCAGUCAUUGGUUCAUGGAAAGGAUCCUGAACAAGAGGCCAACAAUCUGAUUCAAAAUCAGUCCACCUUCAAUCUUAAUUUAUGUCUGGGGCCUGCACCGCUGAGCUUUAACGUGGCAUUAAUACAUGAUUUGUUAUAGAAAUGUCUUUCCAAAACAGCUUUACUUUGCUAUGAUGAUAUAUUAACAGAAGACAUUUUAAUACAAUUUAUUUGGUUUUUAUUCAGCCAUCUCACUAAAAGGUGACCUGCAGUGUUUCUCAUCAAGACACGUGUAGUUGUGAAUGCAUUUCCUUCUUUAAAAAUGUAUUUGCAAAGGCAUUAUUUCAAAUAUUUAUAAACUAUCACUCUGCUGAAUGUGUUAUCACAAUCAGCUGCGGAUUAGUCUUGACCAUACUUAUGUCUUUAAAUUCACCGAUCAAAAACCGUGAUUCUUCAUGUCAAUGUUGUGUUGGCAGCACAUGCUGAGCCAACUCAGGGAAAAGAGGGAUUAUUGAACAACAACCCUAAUACGCCACAGUAAUCCCAUCCAGGUUUACCCAAAAGUUUAAGGGAAUACUCGAGCGCUCGGUUUUUGAUGUGUUCAGUGUGGGGGCAGCUGGGAGCUUCAUCCCUCCUCCCACUCUUUGUUGUAUCACACAACUCUGUUACUUCUCUCUCUUGCAGGGGCUCCAGACUAACUAGUGACUUAACUUACUGAGGAAUGCUCUGGAAAGAUAUUGAAAGAAAUAACGUGCUGUUCUAAAGUAGUGCUUUAAAAAUAGUGCUAAAGUAAUCUUUUACAUUGCUGCGAGUGGUAGCACUGCGUGCCAU